AUGUCGGUCGCAUUUGGGGACGAUCUCCGCUGGCGUCUUGAGCGUGAGUCAGAAGGUAGCACGGACGAAGACAUGCCUGCUCUGUCGCCCUCGUCGGGACGCUCGUCAAAUUCGUCUUCGAUCGGCUCGCCUAUCGACUUUGUCGCGCCAUCGUCAGAUUCACGCAGCUCGCAGCCCGAUACCGCAUUUAACGAGCGAAAGCUGAGUCCGUGUCCUAUGCGCUCAGAUAUCUCUGUGACAUACCACGAGGAAGAGAACCCUUUCCUCAUCAGGAGCACACACCAGACUACGAUCUCUCUCGAUUGGUUAAAGCAGCAGGCGCAGGCCGGCGCAGGUCUCGAUCGAAGCUCGCGCACGUCUAUCUCUUCUGAUUCCACCAUCAUGAGCUUGGGCGACGACGACAAUUACCAAGACUGGACGCGGACAUCCCCGUCCGAGAUGGUCGCCAAAAGCGAGCCUACCUCGAGUAUGGCGAUGACGCGCCCUGCGCCCUUGCAGAGAAUCUCUUCAUGUAGCUACAUUGCGCCUGCCGUUCCUUUCGAGCAAAGCCACAUUGCACCUCUUGCUCUAUAUCUGGCAGGUGACGCAGAUUCGGAAGACGACGAGGAAGCUGUAUCGGUCUUGGGCAGAUCGAAUUCUGUCAGAGCCUCAAGCACAGCUCCUGUCCGAUCGGCCGCUCCCAGUAUGAUCCGUUCUUACUCGAUGCCUGUGCCGACUCAAAAGCAGCUGGACGAUAUGCAAGCAAUGUGGCGUUCGGAAGCCGCUGCCGCAAAUCCUGCUGCACUACAUCGUGACUUUCAUAGCCCGCGCAAGGCUUCUCAGAUGACUUCAGCCGCCAGCAGCGCAUCGGUCACAUCUAGUCCGACCAGGCGGUCAUCUACCGUCGAAUUUCAGCCAGCUGCCGCAUUAGACUCAUACUCAGUCGGUUUUCCGUACUGUCACCUACCGCCGCGGCUAAGCGGACACGCAUCCCCAUCUCGCAUGGUAACAGGUGAUGGUCUUUCACAGAGACCCUCACUAGGCCGCUGCAUCACACUGGAUCCCGCAUCACUCAAUCGACCUCAGUUGAGCAAUUAG